CCUGAGUGCCAGCCCUUCACCUAGACCACUGAGCCACCCAGCCGCUCAUAUACGGGAUAUAAAAUAUGUUUUUUAAGUUUUUUUUAAGUUCUAAACUUUUGUAGAUAUCUACGCCUGGUGUUUAUUGUUCUUUUUGUCUAAUGUUAGACUUUUUUUUUUCCUUUUAGGAGUCGGUGAUGCUUCAGUUUUGUGGGAACAAACUGGAUAAGAAAGACUUCUUUGGAAAAUCGGAUCCCUUCCUGGUGUUUUACCGCAGUAAUGAAGACGGAUCGUAUACCAUCUGCCACAAAACCGAGGUGGUGAAGAAUACUCUGGACCCAGUGUGGCAGGCUUUUAAAAUUCCUGUCAGAGCGCUUUGCAAUGGAGACUAUGACAGGAGCAUCAAAGUGGAGGUGUACGACUGGGACAGAGACGGGGGGCAUGACUUCAUAGGCGAGUUCAGCACCAGCUACAGAGAAAUGUCCAGGAGCCAGUCGCAGUUCCACAUCUAUGAGGUUCUGAAUCCAAAAAAGAAAGGAAAGAAGAAGAAAAAGUAUCUGAACUCGGGGACGGUGACCCUCCUUUCCUGCCUGGUGGACACCGAGCUGUCCUUCCUGGACUACAUCAGAGGCGGGACACAGAUUAAUUUCACAGUGGCAAUUGAUUUCACAGCAUCAAAUGGCAACCCGUCGCAACCCACUUCCCUCCAUUACAUGAGCCCGUACCAGCUGAAUGACUACGCCAUGGCGCUGCGGGCGGUCGGGGAGAUCAUCCAGGACUAUGACAGUGACAAGAUGUUCCCUGCACUGGGCUUUGGGGCCAAGCUUCCACCUGAUGGACGCGUCUCUCAUGAGUUCCCUCUGAACGGUAAUCCUCAGAACCCAUACUGCAACGGCAUCGACGGCGUGCUGGAGGCUUACUACCAGAGUCUAAAGUCUGUGCGCCUCUAUGGCCCCACCCACUUCUCCCCUGUCAUCAAUCAUGUUGCCAGGUAUGCGUCAGCGGUGACAGACGGCUCGCAGUACUUCAUCCUUCUCAUCAUCUCUGAUGGCGUGAUCACAGACAUGGCUCAGACCAAGGAGUCCAUAGUGAAUGCGGCGUCUCUGCCCAUGUCAAUUAUAAUCGUCGGGGUUGGACCGGCAGAAUUUGACGAAAUGAUUGAGCUGGAUGGAGACGAGGAGCGGAUCUCAUCCCAAGGAAGAUACGCAGAGAGGGACAUCGUUCAGUUUGUUCCUUUCAGAGACUACAUCGACCGGCGAGGAAACCACAUCCUGAGCAUGGCCCGCCUGGCUAAAGAAGUCCUCGCCGAAAUCCCAGAUCAGUUCCUGUCCUACAUGAGGACCCGGGGGAUUAAACCUGGCCCCUUGCCUCCUCCGUACACCCCCUGUGUGCUACCAGCCAACCACCCCCUCCUCACCAGGCGGGUCAGCCGGAUCUGAAGGCCAGUGCUAGCCGGCCAGUCAAGGUUUCUGGCCUCCCCUCUCCGUGCUUCCCCGUCUCGCUGCUCUGCACUGGGAGCUGCCGAGCACAGGGUGAACUUUGCUGGCUCUCUCCUGUUGCACUUUUUGGUAACGUUUGACUGUGGAGGAGGAUGCGGAUCAUCUCCGCUGGGACUCUUUACGAGAGCGGACGUCCGUGGCAGUGUGAGGGUAAGACUCAUGUCGGCUUGGCUUCACAUGAACUCCCCCAGAAAGAGGACGAGUGGACAGCUUUCAGACCGCAGCAGUCCAAACUGGGGAGGCCCUCCGUAUGAAUCACUGUCAGACUGAUUGCUUUUUCUCUUUCUACUUCCUCUGUGUCUCACAAAAUCACUUCUCUGAAUAUAUAAUGUUUACAUGUGGAGAGUGGGGCUUUGCAGGAAAUUUGUACCGGCUAGCGUGACAAGAAGUCCGAUUCAUAUUUUUCAGCCACGAAAACAGGAAGUUGUGGAUUUGUACAAAAAUCUUUCAGCUCUGGUGCCAUGUUCUUUGCGACAGAGUGUACAUAGAUCCUUUUUUGUUUUUAUUUUUCAAUGAAAUGAGCAUGUGCAUGCACUGGUGUCCCACACUCAGGGCUUUGCCCCUCUCACUCCAACUCAUCGCUAAGAUACCCCGACCCAUCGGAGAGCUUCCCUCGCUCAAACUUCCUGCGUCCUCCGCUUGCCUUGACUCCCCAGGAGUCCGGCCCAAUCCAAUGCAGCAGGGACUUGAACCAGCCUUACUGUUCUACUGUCAGGUAACAUUCGGUGGUACCGUGUUUGCCGUGGCUUCUGGAAACACAGAUCUCCAAGCCCAGAAGUCAAAAACACACAUCUCAUUACCGAGCCUGACUGUGUGUUGCUUUUUAUAGUCUCUAUCAUUUUGUGAAAGGACGGGUUUUGUUAAACGUCUCUCUACCUCUCACUCUGUUGUGUAUUGCAAAAAAGUUUUUUUUUUUUUUUUUUGUUUUUUUGUCGAUGAUAUUUAGUAAGCCUGUAGAGUUCACAGUUUCUCACUGAUUAUAAAAUCAGUUUGCCAAACUGCAGGUGUGGAAUUAUGGCACUUUGGUUGCUGUCAGAUCAGGUGACUCACACCUCAGUGGUAGCAACACACUGUGAAUAUGUGCACAAAUACACACAAAAACCAGACAAAAGGCUUUUCUCUUAACAACCAUCCACAGCAGUGGCAGUAGUGACUGUGAGGACACUUUUGUGAUGUUGAGCAGUUUUGAAACCUAAAGUUCAGGGCAGGAACCUCUCAAAUUUUUGGAAACAUGUAGCUAACAAGCUCUUCACAGAAAACCUUUGUGCCAGAAUCAAACUCUCACUUCUUGGAGGCAGGAACUGCACUAAGGAAGAACAUUUUUGCCACACUUUUAACCUGAAGGAAUUGUUUUUAUAGUCACAACGCGGAUCUUCAACUUCAUCUCAUCUUCAGCAGAUUGAGAAAAGGCUGCACAUUUAGAGCGAGUCACAGCUGCCUGCACACAAAUGUCCAUAAGUGCAUUAGAAAACAGAAUCAAAACUCUGCAAAUGCUUUUAUUUUGUAGGCUGCCUCUCAGUGCCCAUAGAUUUGACAGAUUUUACCGAAACUAAAGAUAAAGGAAAUGUUUGCUCCUUGCAACCGUUGGUUUC